AGGGAGUAAUAAAGGUUAUCCUAGAGGUGAUCAUUGGGCGGGCUGGGCCGAAGCUGAAAAAUUAUGCCCACUUCUCGAGUCGGGUCAAGCUUUGGGCCAGAUUUUUUGUGCCCAAACCCGCUAAAAAUGGUCGGACCGUGCGGGCUUUUCGGGCCAUUUUCAGGCCGAACCUAAAAAAAUCAACUAAAUAUGCAUAAAAACGUAUUCCCAAACCCGCCCAAAAAAAAAUUAGGCCGGGCUGAUUUCAGCCCAAAAAACUGCCAAAAAUCGGCCGAGCUAACUUUGAUUACCUCUAGUUGAUCCUAAACUAAAGCAAGCCGUGAAUCUUCCUUGUGUAGAAAAACAUGACUGAAAGUCCAAAAGAUAACACAGUAAUCUUGUCUCUACCUCCAGUGUAGUCAAUUCUCCUCUCCAAAAAGCCACCUCCUUAUUCCUAAUAACAUCACUCACUUUCUCUACUCUCAUAGUCUCAUCUUUAACACUCAAGAAAUCCCCUCAUCAUGCACACACUCACCCCUUCAGACUCCUCCACUUCCCUCCACCUCCUCUCCCUCCUCCUCAAAUGCGCCCAUCUCGUCUCAUCCAACAACGCCGCCUCCGCCACCGACCUCCUCCCCGAAAUCUUCCACCUCUCGUCCCCUUUCGCCUCCUCUCCCGCUGACCGUAUCGCCGCCUUCUUCGCUCACUCUCUCCACUCUCGUCUCUUCCUUCACUUUCUCUCUCCUCCACGUCACCUCCUUCUCAAAUCCAUCACUCUGUCCUCCCAACUUAAAACCUUUCAUUCCGCUUUACAAACGUUUAACUCUCUCGCACCCUUCGUCAAAUUCUCUCAUUUUACCGCCAAUCAAGCCAUCUUCGAGGCUGUUCACGGGUUCGAUCGAGUCCACAUCAUUGAUCUUGAUGUUAUGCAGGGUCUCCAGUGGCCUGGUUUGUUCCACAUCUUGGCCUCUCGUGCGAAGAAGGUUAGCUCGGUGAGACUCACCGGGUUCGGCCCGUCCUCGGAGUUGCUCGCUCAGACUGGCUCUCGGCUCGCCCAGUUCGCCGCCUCGCUCGGGUUGCCCUUUAAGUUUAACCCCGUUGAGGGUAAGUUCGGGGACAUGUCCGAGUUAGAGUUGAGUCGAAUCGAUUUUCGAGCGAAUGAGGCGACCGUGGUGCAUUGUAUGCAUCAUAAAUUGUAUGAUAUAAUUGGGUCUAAUUUCGGAUUGUUGAGGGUAUUGAGUACGGUAAAGCCUAAGUUAGUUACCAUGGUCACUCAAAACAUUGACAUUUUCGAAACGGGGUCGUUUUUGGAGAGGUUUAUAGAAACAUUGCAUUAUUAUUCGGCUAUGUUUGAUGCCUUAGGUGAGGGAUUGAGUAGAGACAAUGUAUUACGUCAUCAAGUGGAGCAGCAACUAUUUGGGAGCGAGAUAAGGAACAUCCUAGCGUGUGAUGAUGUUGAUGGGUUGAAUGUAAGCCGCCGGUGGGGGGACAACCUUAGUCGUUUCGGGUUUGAGCCAGUGUCGCUUUCUGGUAGCCCGGCUGCGCAGGCGAGUUUGUUGUUAGAGAUGUUCCCAUGGAAAGGGUACACAUUGAUGGAGGAAAAUGGGUGUUUAAGGUUAGGGUGGAAGGGUAUGUCUUUGCUUACUGCCUCAGCUUGGCAACCUUCUAAUUAUAGUUGUGUUACUAAUAAUAGUAAUAUCAUGGGGAAUUAAAGUAUGAUUAUAUGUUCAUAUUACAAAGUUUGAUUGGAAUGGAUGAAUUAUUGAUUAUUGGAUGAAUAUUGGGUGGUAGAGAAGAAGUACAUAAAGAUGAUCAAAAGUUGUGUAAAUGUUUCGAAAAUAAUUGAGGGGAUAAAGUAAGGAAAGGUACAUGUUACUUUUUGAGAAAUUGGAUUCUUUUUUUGUACUCCUAUUAAAAAAGUUUGUGAUCAAAAGGUGUUACACUUUUCAAGCUUGAGUUGAAUUUAAUUGUAUUUUCUUAACUAUGAGAAGCAUCUUCGAGAUAUAUAUUCAAAAGCAAAAUAGUGAUUUCACGAAUUCAGGUUUUUUCUUUAUCGGUAACUUAUGUAUCAUAGACUCUCAAUAGUUAUAUUAUUGGGGCUAACCAAAUCUUGUUAGCUCGUUGAUCCACAUUCACCACGAACUCGAGUUAAACUUUUUUCUUUUUCUCAAAACAUAAGGGGACCAAUUUGGCUACUUCUAUAUGUGUAGGACUCUAGAAGAAUUGGUAUGGUCAC